UAAUAACCUAUCAGUCCCGCGGAGUUGGACAAAAAUAGGGCAGGUCUGUGCAUAACCCCCGUCCCCGCAAGCACUACGUUAUAGUAAAACACGCGCUCCUCAUUGUAUCUCGCUUCCUAUUGGUCCGAUACCCGGCACGUUGCUAACUGUUGGCGCGGGAGUCGAAAAUAUUCAUAACACGAAGUAAAAAAACAUCUAUAGGGAGGUUCACGAGAAUGGAGAACGGCAGGGCCACGUUUCCAUUUCCCUACCAGCCCUAUGACAUCCAGGAGCAGUUCAUGCAAGCGUUGUACAGAGCACUGGACCAGGGGAAGGUGGGCAUCUUCGAAAGUCCAACUGGAACGGGCAAGUCUCUGAGUCUGAUAUGUGGAGCUCUGAGCUGGCUCACGGACAGUGAGGAGAGGAGGAGGCGGGAGGCCGCUGCUCUGCUGCAGGAAGGAGAGGCAGCUCUCUCCACGUCCACAGCUCAGUCCUCCACUACCAGCUCCUCGGAGGAGCCUGACUGGAUCACAGACUUUGUUCAGAAAAAGGCCGACCGUGACUUGGUGACAAAGUUGAAGGAGGAAGAAUUGAAAAGACAGAAGAGGGAAGAACGGUUAGAAAUGAUCAGAAACAACGUUCAGCUCAAGUAUGCAAUGAAAAGAAAGACCUGUGAGGACGAUGAGGCGUUCAAGUUGCUCAAGCUCAGCAAAGAAGAACAAACAGAGACACAGGGGGAUCAAGAGGACGAGGAGCUUAUUGUUGCAGAAUAUGAGAGUGAUGAUGAGUCAAAGAGCAAAAGCAGAUUCUGCGGGCCUGAGGAUGUCGAAGAUGAUGAACUGAUCGAGGAACACGUCACCAAGAUUUACUACUGCAGUCGCACUCACUCCCAGCUGGCCCAAUUUGUCCAUGAGGUUCAGAAGAGCCCCUUCAGCGAGGACAUCAGUCUGGUCACACUGGGCUCUCGACAGAAUCUGUGUGUCAACGAGGAUGUGCGUCGCCUCGGUAGCAACCAGCGCAUUAAUGACCGCUGCAUGGAGAUGCAGAAAAACAAACACGAGAAGCAGCCUCAUGAAGAGGGUGCUAAACGUAAGCGAGGCCCAGCGAAGAGUGUGUGUCCCUAUAACAAAGCUUUGGCACUGCGGCAGAUGAGGGAUGAAGUUCUGGGAACGGUCAGCGACAUAGAGCAGCUGCUGAAGCUGGGCAGAGAAACACAUUCAUGCCCUUACUACUCCACGCGUCUUGCUAUUCCCCCUGCACAGUUGGUGGUGUUGCCCUAUCAGAUGGUGCUUCAUGAAGCUACAAGAAGGGCAGCAGGGGUCCAGUUGAAGGGACAGGUGGUGAUCAUAGACGAAGCUCACAAUCUUAGCGACACACUCUCUUGUAUACACAGUGCAGAGCUGACUGGAGCACAACUUUGCCGUGCUCACUCCCAGCUCACCCAGUACGCUGAACGCUACAAGAGCAGGCUGAAGGCAAAGAACCUGAUGUACAUCAAACAGAUUCUGUUUGUGAUUGAAGGACUUGUCCGGGUGCUGGGAGGGAAGGUGGGGUCGAAUCCACAGAGUCAGACCACACAAACAGGAACAGAGAUGUUUACCAUUAACAACUUCCUCUUCAAGGGUCAGAUCGACAAUAUCAACUUGUUUAAGUUGCAGAAAUACUUUGAGAAGAGCAUGAUCAGCAGGAAACUGGGUGGCUUUGUGGAGAAGUACGCAGGCUCGGGUGUAAGUCUGCACACUCCGAGCACCUCCAACAAAGAGAACAGACGCACGGAGGGCUUAAACCGAUACCUUCAAACACUGCAGUCAAACCAGAGCACUGCACCAGUUCCUUCAACAGACCAGCAGGGGUCCGUAGAGGCUGAGAAAGAGCUGUCUGUGUCUCCCAUGAUGCAGCUGGAGGGUUUCUUUAAGGCUCUCACCAACAGCAACACUGAUGGCAGAGUGGUGGUGCACAGACAAGGUACUCUGUCAGCAAGCAGCGUCAAGUUCCUGCUGUUGAAUCCCGCAGUCCACUUCGCCCAAGUGCUGAAGGAGUGCAGAGCGGUCAUCAUCGCAGGAGGCACCAUGCAGCCUGUUUCAGACUUCAAACAAGAGCUGCUCUUUUCUGCCGGAGUGGGAGAGGAGCGCAUCACUGAGUUUUCCUGUGGUCACGUAAUUCCUCCCGAGAACAUCCUUCCCCUCGUCCUGUGCAGCGGUCCGUCUGGUCAGGAGCUGGAUUUUACUUUCCAAAAUAGAGAUUCUCCAACAAUGAUGGACGAGACGGGGCGCAUUCUCUCCAACAUUUGUAACGUGGUGCCAGGAGGAGUCGUGUGUUUCUUCCCUUCUUAUGAGUACUCGAGGCGGAUCAUUUCUCACUGGGAAGCCAGCGGUGCUCUGACUCGUCUUGCUAACAAGAAGAAGAUCUUCCAGGAGCCAAAGAAGGCCAACCAGCUAGAGCAGCUGCUGAGCGAGUUCUCCCGUUGUAUCCAGAGGUGUGCUCUGGACAGCGGUGGACUCACGGGAGCGUUGCUCUUCUCUGUGGUCGGAGGAAAGAUGAGUGAGGGCAUCAAUUUCUCCGAUGACCUGGGCAGGUGUGUGGUGAUGGUGGGGAUGCCCUAUCCCAACAUCAAGUCCCCAGAGCUGCAGGAAAAGAUGACCUAUCUGGACAAACACAUGCCUCGCAGUGGGGGGAGGAGCCCUGGCCAAGCAAUGAUAGAAAACCUCUGCAUGAAGGCUGUCAAUCAGUCCAUAGGAAGAGCUAUUCGUCACCGUGGCGACUACUCCUCCAUUGUGCUGUGUGACAGACGUUACGCCCGACCCGCUACACUCUCUAAACUUCCCACGUGGAUCAAAGAUCGUACCAGCACAUGCACAACUUUUGGCCCCGCUUUUGCUGCCUUGCGGAAGUUCUUCCAGGAAAAAAAGCAGAAGCAGGUGUAAUUUUGCUCCUGAGGGCUCAACAGACAUCUUCCCCUUUUCUUCACGGUGCGACAUGAAGAGGAGGAAGUUCAGUGCAACAGCAACCACUCAAAAAAAUUAGGUGUAAUUUAAAGAACAGACCUGACGGAUAAUAAAAGGACCUCUGUACUAAGUUCCUUGUCACAAGAUGGCUGAAGUUCUUCUAUGUUUACACAUUGAACACUUUGUCCCCUCAGACUCCUGUGCCAACAGCUGGAGUUUAAUAAUCAACAAUGGCGUGCAAAUUGGUCUAUUUUUAGUGCUUCAUACUUGCUUAAUUGUGUAUUUCACCUUUAAGAUGUAUAUAUCUUGUUCUGUUUUGUACUGGUCCCAUGCACGUGAUAAAUUCAAGAAUAAUGAAUCGGAGUAUUUGAAUGCACACUGCAGACAAAGGCUAGAAAGGGACAUUAAUCAGUAUGACUAUGGUUUAUCAGUCUGGAACAUGUUGGAAAUGAGAACGCCUCCUCAUAAUUUCAGUUAAGUCGAAAUUAAUAACUGAAGCAGCGACUACAGAGAUUUCAGGCACAGCACUGGCGUAGGCAUCCAUGUUAAUGAUUUACCCUGGAAGAAGUUUUAAAUAUUUAAAGCAGUCGAUGUGGAAAGUGUUAUGUAAUGAAAAAAAAUACUUUUAUUUAAUGAUAAUGAAAGGUGUUAGAGAGAUGUUUCUGUGAUCUGUUCUGAUGACAUCUGUUAAUUUCAUGAAAAUGUUUACAAUUAAUAUGAUAUCAAUAAAUUGUUUUAUCAUCA